AUGAAAGUGUGGAUGUAUACCGGUGCUGAACUCUUCUAUAUCUUCCAGCUGUCAGGUGUUGCCCCUCCUCCGGUGUGCAAAAAUGUGCCGCCUAACUGUCCAAACCCUAAUGCAGUUAGUAUGGAUGGUUCGCCGAGGUCCAUUGUGAACUCAACAAUGCAAGCACCUCGAAGAAAGUUUGUGGAUGAAGGAAAAUUGAGAAAGAUAUCAGGGAGGUUGUUUUCUGAUUCUGGGCCUCGACGGAGCACAAGACUUGCUGGAGAAGCAGUGCCUAGCUCAAACUCAAGUUCCACAGCUGCAGUUGGAAAUGGACCUAGCCAAUCUUCUAAAUAUCUUGGUAGUUCUAAAUUGAGCUCAGUGACAUUUCGUUCAGUGACUGUUCGGAAGGGACAGUCUUGGACCAAUGAAAGUUUUGAUGAAGGGAUACGCCAUGAGGUUCGUGAUGAUUCGCGUGCAAAUUUAACGACCUCAAGUUCGUCUCCUGGUGAUAUUAGAUUUCCUGAACAAGGAGUGACUAUACCCAUGAAUGGGGUUGUUACUACUAGUGCAAGAGUCGUAGCUGGUGCUACAGAAUUAUUGGAUCUCUUUAGAAUGCUUGGAGAAGGCUAUAGGCUUUCUUGCUUGUAUUGCUGCCAGGAUGCGCUGGAUGCUUUCCUGAAACUUCCACACAAACAUUACAACACAGGCUGGGUGCUUUCUCAGCCUGAAGUCGGAGUGACAGUGGCCACCUCUUGGUGGGAUAGGAAUUCUGGGUUAGGAUUUGGUUGGUGGAAUUCCUUCUUGGUGAGGAAUGUGGGGAAAGCAUACUUUGAAUUGGUGGAUUAUCUAGAAGCUGAUCGUGUCUUCAAUCUUGCUCGCUUAGCUUCUCCUUAUAGUUUAGAAGGGAUGGAUAUAUAUUCUACAGGAAAAAAGCAGUUCUUGGAAACAAUACCAAACGGGCAUUUGAAGGAGGAUAUGAAGCUGAGUUACCUGGCACAGGAACUGAUAGCAAUUGACCGCUUAGCUCCCCAGUGUGCUAUGGGAAAUUGCUAUAGUUUGCAGAAAGACCAUGAGACUGCUCUUAAAAAUUUCCAACGGGCUGUACAACUGAAUUCAAGAUUUGCAUAUGCGCACACUCUUUGUGGUCAUGAAUAUGUGGCAUUAGAGGAUUUUGAAAAUGGAAUAAAGAGCUACCAGAGUGCACUUCGGAUUGAUGCAAGACAUUAUAACGCUUGGUAUGGUCUUGGAAUGAUUUACCUACGGCAAGAGAAAUUUGAAUUCUCAGAGCAUCACUUUCGAAUGGCUUUCCAAAUGAAUUCUCGCUCUUCAGUUAUAAUGUCUUAUCUUGGAACAGCUUUCCAUGCUCUAAAGAAAAGCAAUGAUGCAUUGGAUAUGAUGGAGAAGGCUAUUUUAGCUGAUAAAAAGAAUCCCCUGCCCAUGUAUCAGAAGGCCAACAUUCUUGUGAGCAUGGAAAAUUUUGAAGAAGCUUUGAAAGUUCUAGAAGAGCUUAAGGAGUAUGCCCCUCGGGAAAGCAGCGUGUAUGCCUUGAUGGGUAAGAUCUAUAAAAGGAGAAAUAUGUAUGACAAAGCGAUGCUUCACUUUGGAUUAGCUCUUGAUUUGAAACCACCAGCAACAGAUGUUGCUACCAUUAAGGCUGCAAUUGAGAAGUUACAUGUACCAGACGAAUUAGAUGAUGCCUUAAGCAGAGAACUUCUUGUGAAUUAUCUGUCCCCAAUACACAGUCUUGCUUGUGCCAUUGACUGUCGGAAGCAUGGAAUGAUAUGUUAUCAAUACUCUUUAUGGACAUCCUGGGCAGUCAGCACAUCUGUAACAGCGCGCAAAUCUCUAAGAAACUUUACAUACGUGGUGUUUAUGGCUUGA